CACGGGGGAGAACCCCACCGCGUGAGCGCGUCCAGGUUUAACCCGAUCGGAUGCGACGCUCGAAGCGCACCUCCCAAGUGAUGAUUCGAUGCGACGCGCCCCUAACAUGGCCGCGGUAAGCAUGACGAAGCCGCGCAAGCGCGAUGCUACGGGCAAACAAAUCUACUCGACGAGUUAUGAACCGUCAAAAGUGCGAUGCGCGUUCGCCACGCGCACCGCGCGCACCCCUCGCCGCUUCCUCAGGCGAAGCGCGGAUAAUUUUACGGUGCAGCGAAGCGCACCCACAGGCCACCUUGUCAACCCUAAAGAGCUUGCGCGCACGACCGACCGCGGCCUUCAGACGAAGCUCACGGUCGCGAUCCACGACUCCAACGCGAAGGCGCUCAAGGAGAUGCUCGACAGGACGGACGAGCCGAGAGCCGCGUGUCUCCUCGCGGGGCAGCAGCGAGGCGCGAGCGGGUGGCUGCACGCGACGCCGUGGUGCCCGGAGAUGGAAAUCCCGGCGCCGGCUUUGCGCGCCGCCGUGCGCUGGCGGUACAUGUUGAAGCAACCGCUUUUGGUGAAAGCGAAGGAGGAGGGGAAGCUCUGCACGUGCUCGCGGUGCAAGAGGGGAUCGGGGGAGCGGGAUGAGGCCUCCGGUCGAUUUAGAAACGGCCCUGGGCGCCGCUCCGACGACGAGUACGGCUUCCACGCCCUCGCUGACAACGAGGACACGUGCCUCGGCGGACGUGACGCGUCGCACCGCACGGUCCUCCGCGCCGUCGAGAGCGUGCUGAAGACGCGGACCUACUUCGAGGUGAAGACGUCCGGGCUCGACGGCCUUCUCCGUACUCACGACGCGCAGCGGAGGAACCAGGGGGGAGACGGAAACGGCGUCAUCGGGGCGGACGAAAGGGGUCUCGUUCCGGACAUCCUCGUGAAGGGCGUCUACCCUGGUACGAUGGGCGUUUUCGGGGACGUCCGCGUCUGCCAGGUGAUCAAAGGAAACGGGGAGGUGUCGCGUUGUAGGACGACGGUACCACUGCACGCGGCCGCGGAGAGCGAAAAAUCGAAAAGAAGGAAAUACGAGGCGGCGUGCACGGCGCAGUGUUUCACGUUCGUCCCUCUCGUCAUCGAGUUGUACGGGGGCAUCGGCCGCGACUUCCUGAAAUUCAUGGGGGACAUCAUCUCGGCUCACGCACAGGGCCGGGGGCGUGAAGGAAACCCCCGCGCGGCGCGCGACCGUGAGAUGCGCAGAGUCGCGGUGGGCGUCGAGGAAUACCCACCGAACCCGUGCGCCGCUGACGCGCUCAUCGACUGGGAGAGGCGGAUCUCGGUGGCGCUCAUGCGAAGCGUGGGAUGCCGGCUGCUGGGCGGAGGGGUUGAUUUCUUAUUCGCGAAGGAAGGGGGCAAUGACCGGGGUGUACGUGAGAACGACGAGACUGAAGGUCUUGGGGAGGAGCCCGAUUUGGGCGGCGUGAUCGUGUACAGGUAG